AUGUCGUACUCUGCAAACAAACUAAGGGAGUUUGUAGAUCCUGCACCGAUCUUGCCACCAGGCUUAGUGGUUCGCCCUGGAAAAGAUGCCUAUGGAUUCUACCCUGGGCAACUAGGACGGGUCCACCAGGCACACACGUCCAAAGGAGCUCCAGGACCUUUCAGUAAACUGCAGCCAGCUCCAGUAAACUACAAAGCUGAAACUCCAUUUCAACCUGACUUUGACAACACAGCUCUGAGGAAGUAUGUUCACUUUCAAAGAAUAGUGAGAAAGCCCGCCAGUGACUGGUACAAUCAAACGUCAUACAAAGCAGCAUUUGACUUGCCCUAUUUCAGCGCAGGGAAGCUGGUUGUGACAGCAACAGGAAACUACCAUCUUCUAUUAGAAAGUAGAUUUCCAGGACAGUGA